AUUUUUUAGGUGGGGCACGUGCCCGUGUGCCCUAUAGCACGAGCCGCCACUGCCUAUAUCAUUAUGGAAACAAAAGCUAAAACAUACAUUUUAAAACUCGCUGUCAGCAAAACGCAGGUGUUUUGUAUCAGAAAAAGUUACAUUGGCUAACAGAGUUUGAUGUUGGUAUGGAUGCCAGAUGUUGGUAUGGAUGCCAACAUUCAUAAAUUAUACAGUACUCGUUAAAUUAUUAAUGUACUCACACGUGUAUGUAUUAUGAAGAUCAUAAGUGUGUUACAUGUUAUUUUACAUUAUUUAAUUUUUUUAGUUUUUAUUUAACAAAUGUCUAUCUAGAUGGGUUCAAUUAAUUACAUUCGAGUGAUAGUAUUUGAUCGAUUAGACAAAAAUUGAUUUGUAAAAAAUGUUCAAGAUCAAGUAUCCUUGUAUGCGUAAUUGUUCUCAAAAGUUCAUAAUUACCAUAGUAUUAAUAAUUUUAUUAGUAUCAAUUUACGUAUAUGUGUUCAAGUCGGAAAAAGUCAGUGAAAGAAAAACUUGUGCACCGUCCAGUGAAAAAACAAGUACAUACAACAAAUUCACAAAUUCCAGAUUGGUGUGGCCAGAUGAGUUACCCAAUGGUGACAGAAUCAAAGAGCAAUUGUAUUACGUACCGGCUGGUUACAAGUACGAAAUGUCACGAAUCAAACGGAUUUUGAUUCACACCGGCAUCGGUGAUGUUUGGGAAAUUCCUUUACUCGACCAAGGAGAAUUCAUCGGUUGCCCGGUCAGUCAAUGCUGGCUAACGGUCAACUUAUCUUACGGUCCAGAAGUCGACGCUGUAAUAUUUAGGCACCAUUACACCCGUCCGACAUUCAAUAGGCCACCAAAUCAAAUAUGGAUUAUGCAUCAUACCGAAGCUCCUUAUUCGACAUCAUUUAUGACAGAUAGUAACGUAUUCAAUUGGACAUCGAAUUAUCGAUGGGACAGUGAUAUACCGAAUCCGUAUGGGUACUUUUUUGAAUACAAACCUCCCCUACCACGGAUAGAAAGAAAUUAUGCGGAUGGAAAGUCCAAGAAAGUCGCGUGGUUCGUUUCGAAUUGUUAUCCGAAUAGCAAUCGUACGAUUUACGCCAACGAACUAGCGAAUUACAUUUCGGUCGACAUAUAUGGUAACUGCGGAGUUCUCAAGUGUCCUCGAGACAAUGAUAACAGUUGCUUGAAAUUGUUGGACACGGAUUAUAAAUUUUAUUUGGCUUUCGAGAAUGCGCACUGUCGUCAUUAUAUAACUGAGAAAUUGUUCCUGAACGCGCUUAGUCAUGACGUGUUGCCGAUCGUUAUGGGACCGAGUCGCAGCGAUUACGAGUUGGUGGCGCCGAAGAACUCGUUCAUACACGUGGACGACUUCGAAUCGCCGAAGCUGCUGGCCGAGUACCUGAAUAAACUCGACGAAGACGACGAGCUGUACAACGAGUACUUCCAGUGGAAGGGCACGGGCACGGUGACGAUCGGAAGUAAAUAUUACUGUCGGCUGUGCGCCAUGCUCCAUGACGAAAAACGUUUGCCCAAGCACUACGAAGACAUCAACAAAUGGUGGGAUGGUCCUGGGGUAUGCAGGCCACCAAUUCUUGAUCCGAAUCUAUUUUCAGUUAAUACACACACCGACCCACCGACCAACAAAAAUCAAAAAUAAUACUCUUCAUAAUGAUAAAGAGACGCAAUUCCUUGACGGUGCACAACAAGCACAUAUUAUUAUGUACAUUUCAAAGUUUUAAUGUUUCAAAUAUUCAAUAAUACAUACGUCCUACACGUAAUAUUCUUAAACAAGAUAUGUUUAAAUGAUGUGUAAAUGUUAAUAACUUUAUUAAUUAAGAUACAAUUUUAAAUGAAUAAGAAAAAAUUACAAAAACGCAGGUUUGUCCGAAAUAACUACACCGAAGAAGUCGUAGUGUGAGACCGUAUACGUAGUUUGGUCUAUUCUGUUGUAAUAUUUACUUUUUGAAUGGAUAUGAACACCAACAAUAAUAAAGAUGUAACUGCUGAUUAAA